AUGUCAUCUUUAAAAAACUCAUUAAAUAAUUCAAUUGGAAAUUCUAGCGAACCAAUUAAUGUUGUUGUACAUAGUGACAACUCGGAUCCAUCAGAAACUAGAUUUGAAAUUCCAACUAAACAUGGUAAAUUAGUAUGUUUCCAAAGAAAAGGUUUAAACGAAAGCCCAAAUAUGCCAACAAUUAUUAGUUAUCAUGAUUUAGGUUUAAAUCAUUCAACAUGUUUUUCACCAUUUUUUAAUCAUCCAAAUAUGAAAAAUAUUUUACCAUAUUUAAAUAUUAUUCAUAUCGAUGCACCAGGACACGAAUUUAAUUCAGAAUCAAUCCCAUCAUCACAAUAUCCAACUAUUUAUGAAAUGGCUGAAGAUAUUCAAUAUGUUGUUGAUUACUUUAAAAUUAAAAUGUUUAUUGGUUUAGGUGCAGGUGCAGGUGGUUGCGUUUUAACUCAAUAUGCUACCUUAUUCCCAAAAACAAUUAUGGGUUUAAUCCUUGUUGGUUCAGUAAUUAAAUCAUUUAGUUGGUUAGAUUGGGUUAAAUCAUGGGUAGAGUUAACUACUUUACCAUCAUUAAAAAAUCCAACUGGUGUUAGAAAUUAUCUUAUAAAUCAUUAUUAUGCAGAUAAUUUAGAAGAAACAAAUCCAGAUUUAUUAGAAAAUAUUAAAAGAGAAAUGUUAUUAAUUAAUCCAGAUAAUUUAUACCAUUAUGUCCAUUCAUUUGUAAAGAGAGAAGAUAUUAAAGAAGAUCAAAUUAAAGCAUUAAGCUGUAAAGUUUUAUUAGUCGUUGGAAAAGAUUCGAGUUACAGAGAAGAUAUUAUUGAUUUAUUUUCUCAUUUUAAUCCAAGAAACUCCACAAUCCUCCAAGUACAAGAUUGCGGCAUUCUUGUUACUGCAGAAAAACCAGGUGAUAUUAUAGAGCCAUUUAAACUUUUUAUGCAAGGUAUUGGUUAUUUAUUAGAUUAUUAUCAAAAUAUUGACCAAUCACAAAAAUAACAAUAGUUUUUUUUUUUUUUCAAAUGUAAAAAAAAAAAAAAAAUUAUAAUAUAUAAAUAAAUAAAACCAAUUAAAAAUAAAAUUUUUAAUUACAAUGUUAAUCAUUCAUAAAUAUUAUUUUUUUUUAAAAAAAUAUUAAUAAAAAAAAACAAAUAAUGAAUGAAUUU